GUCAACGACGCGCAAAAGCACUAUCCUCCAUCAAUAUCCAAUUAGAGGAGCAAUAUUGGGCAUUGUUAAAAAUAGCGCUCCGGAAAUUUUCGGUUCUAUUAGUAAUCUAGUCGCCGGGUUAUACUGUAUUUGUUGUAGUACUGUAUCAGUAUAGUUUCGCGCCGUCGUCGAAUUAGCCAUAUUGAUAUAUUCUGUCAAAGGGUUGAUUCGAUUUCAUCACCAUAACGAUGUCGACUCAAGGGUAUAUCAUGUUAAGCUACGAAUGGGGCAACCAACCAAUUGUCAAAAAGAUAAGAGAGAAGUUGGGACAACUAGGUUACAGGGUGUGGAUUGAUGUAGAGAAAAUGAAAGGAUUCAUUUACACUACAAUGGCUAAAGCCGUUAAAGAAGCUGACCUUGUCCUGGUUUGCUUGUCUAAGAAGUAUGAAGAAAGUGAAAAUUGCAAAUCAGAGGGUAGCUGCAUUAGAGAGUUUAAGAGGAAGUUCAUUCCUUUAAAGAUGGAGGACUCUUACAAAUUUGACGACUGGGUUGCAGCCAUGUUCGGAAGCCAUUUGUAUGUAAAUUUCUCAGAUGAGUCGGCCUUCGAUGAAAAGUUUAAAGAAUUGCUGAGACUUUUAGAGGAUUACCCAAACUUGAAGCCUCAAGAUCCUAAUCCAGACCCACUUGUAACUUUGCUGCCACCACUUCCACCAGCAGAAGCUAGUCCAACAUCUUCCGGGGCAACAAGAUCACCUGAAAAUCCAGAACUAUCUACGGAAGAUUUCAAUAAUUUGCUCUUAGCUAUGGCCGAAUGGUGGAAACGAUUUGAGAAAGUUACAAUGCUGAAAGUAUUGCUUUGUAAUUUCCCAGAAAAAAUUGAUAUAGACACUAUAGAAGAUAAAAAGAAGCCUAUCCAAUUGUUUCGAUUACUUGAGGGUGCAGGACUUAUCGGCCCAUCAAACAUUGAUCUUCUCGCCGAACUGACUGUGCUCUGUGGUAUGGAAGGUGUAGAGCGAGGCAUCAAGGAGAAGUUAGGCGAGAAGUUCAAGGGAUUUAGAAAAAUUACAAAACCUACUAUCUCGGAGUAUCGACGAAGUUUGAUCAAAUUUGGUCAAGCUAUAAACAAGAAUAACAAAGAAAGCAUUGGCCACUUGCACAGCUUUACCGAUGACCAAUGGACAGAUCAAUGGGUGUUAAUAUUCGAAUUAGAACACGCCCGCAAACUCACUGAAGAAAACAAGGAUGCGUUCAUUGAAUUGCUUGAACGCAAUGGUAUGGCAAGUGAAGUCAAGGCAUUAAAAAUAAAAUCAAAAUAAAAUCGAUGCUCUGAUAAAAUAAAUCGAUGGCCUGACAAGAAAAACUAUGUUCUUAAAAUAUUGAUUUGUAAGUGUGUUUUUGCAGUAUCCCUAUUUAAGCGUUAGUUCCAUUCUAUCACAUACCAUUGUUUAUACUAAUUUCAUUCGCAGAUUACAUUUUCCAUCAAACUGCCCAAUGACCACUAACCACAAGGGUGCCCAAUUGGUUUACCCUGAUGAGGGAGAAUGCCUCAUCAGUGCCCACAUUCAUAACACCUCCAUGUUCUUACCACCUCAAGUAAAUAGAUCAUCUCAUUUAACGGAUUAAUAGAGGGUGCCAAUCAAGGAUGUCUGGUAAACAGGCAGUUUUUCUUAAGUGUUUCAUUACUGCUGCUGCAAACGCCAAUGAAGCAGGACAGUAAUCACAUCUCUGAAGUUUUAUCAUUCUGAAAGGUUAUGUAGUUAUAAGUUUAUAUUGUUUAGGUUUGAUAAGUUUAUUAUAUAAAAUAUAUUAGUGUUUACCGUAUAUUAAUUUAUACUUGGUAAUAUUUUUAAGAGGUUUAAAGUGAAAGACAUUGCUGACUACAAAACUAUUUUUUUGUAUACAAAUGCUGAAGGUUAGUUAACUAGAUGAUGACUCAUACUAAUUACAUGAUAGUUAUAUUUUAACUCAUGGUGGCGCUGUACUAUAAACAAACAAUUCAAGAUGGCGGCGCCCAUAAAAUGUAAUCCAAGAUGGCGUCGCCUAUGUUGAUAGUAAAUCAACAAUUAUAUUUUAAUUUAAAUGCAUUUGAAUGAAUUGGUUACACGAGUGAAUCGAUUGUUUUAAUUAAAAUAGUAGAGAAUAAUGUGUUGAUGAGAUUAAUAAUGCUGCUAUUACUUAUAGUCUUAAUGUUCUUGAUCAUAGUUAACUAAUUAAUCAUGAAUUCAUUACAUUUAAUAUUUUUUGGUUUGGUUUGGUUUGUUUUGAUUUUGUUGUUCUGAAUACUCCACGGAAAUAAUGAACCUGAAGAAUGCUCACUCGUGAAGUGUGUUCUUUUUAAGCGUCACAGAUUCAUUAUUUAAAAACCCAAAAAGCACAUGAGGACUAAUUAUUUACCUCAGUUUCAAUACAAAUUCCUCGCUGAUUUUAAGUGGGGGACGGAAAUCACUAAACAGAAAUUUAAAUGGGAGAUUUUUUUGUUUGUUUCUAAUAUUUGAACAUGUUUUGAACUAUUCUCAAUAAUUAUGAAAUAUGAACAUAUCAAGAAUUUCUCAAAUAUUACAAAUCAGUUUGUAAAAAGGAUGAAACAAUUAUUGCAAGUAAAUUUCAGAAUAAUGUAUAUUAUAAUAACUACGGUGCGGUUUGUGUUUAAUAUUAGCGAUAUAUUAUAUUAUGGUACGUUUCGUCAUCUAGAAUUGGCAGCACUAUUUUCAUUCCUUCCUAUUUUGAUUGAAAAAUAUAACCCCUCUCGCCACCACGAAAAAACAAAAAGAAUUUAAACGUACACAAUGAGCAUUAUCAAGGUGACAUCGCGAUCAAAAACCCAUGAUACUUUUGCUUUAACUCGUCCUGACCUCUGCCUUCCCUUGUUUGAUUAUGUACAGUACAGUACCGCCUAUUUGGUGGAAUAAAUGAAACAAAAUAAUGAAGUUAUUGUCAUUAAUUAUUGCAAUCAAUUUAGACUACUAGCUAUUUUGGACAGCUACGACGAAAAACAACAAUGAAUCUCAUCAGUGUUUUUCAUUCUGCUGUGACACUUAUCUGGCAGCCAUUUUGAUUGAAAUAGACAUAAUUCCUGAUUGUAUUGUUUUAACGAGUUAUGCCUGUAAUCCUAGCAGUGAAGUAUCACAUCGAGUAAUUCUGUGGUUUGGAAAAACAAUAUCGAAAAUGGAAUAAAUGUAAAAUUAAUAUAGCUUUUAAGCCAACUACAAACAUUAAAUAUUUUCAUACUUUUUUAUAGCCCAAAAAAACACAAGUUUCUCUUUAAAUACAACUUAACCACCACUUUCUACAGGAUAGGCUCUACAAGUACCAUGGCCUGUACUUAACGGAAGAUAGGUUAGAUAAGUUGCCAGUAUUACUAGACCACCUGUCCAUGUGUCUCAAAUUUCUGGAGAACGGUGUUACUGGUUUGUUUUUAAUUUUGAUUCUUUGAUGAUUGCUUCUGAUAGUUUGAGGAUAGUUCAUGAGUUUCUCUUUUUCAUAUUCUUAAGCGACGAUUUUUAAUUGGGUAAGGCGCUAUGCAAGUCCAUUUCCAUUCUCUUAUGCUGCUGCUAUGCAAAAGCGAAAAAUCAUAUUGCUUUGUUUCGUCCCCCAACAGUUAUUUUGAAAUGUCUUAAUUCGGGGUGAAAUUGUUUGGCUAAAAUUUAUGAACAAUAUCAGAAAAAAAAAAUUUUAGCUCACUGUUUAUAAUGAUUUGUCAUUAAAAUCCACCAUUCGGUGGACAUUUGUGCACAAAAAUUUCAGUUCCAGCAUAAUACGACUACCAUCAAUAUUCUAAUAAUCAAUCAGCAACAUUAUCGUUAUCAUCAACAAUACCACAUAUCGAUAAUUGUAAAACCCAAUAGGAUACCAACAGUGCUCAAAACCAACUGUUUACUCCUUUUAUUAGAUACAAAUGUAUAAAAAAGUAUAUAUAAUAUUUUUUGACACUUAUUUUACAUAGGCUAAUAUUUGCCUUGGUAUAAGAACUAUUAUGUACAGUGCUUUAAUUUAUUAUCCACUAAUUCCAGAGUAAAGGCCUGCUUAUACUUGCAAUGAUACGAUAAAAAGCUAAAAGCAAUUGUUUAUAUAACAAAUAAAGGAUAUAAGAGAAGUUUUUACACUAGGACGAAUCGUUAACGAUUUAUCAUGUAUAUUACAAAUGUUUUAACAAAUCAAUUUGUCAUAAUCAUGGAAAAACUAUAAAAUCGUUGUUACUACUGCUAUGAUUUUAUCAUUUUUCCAUGAUUACGACGUAUUUGAAUUGAUUUCAUUUGAAUCGUUAUCGACGGUCCUUGUGUAAAAACUUCUCAUAUCUUUUAUUUAUUAUGUGAACAAUUUCUUUUUAGCGUUAUCGUUGCAAGUAUAAACAGGCCUUAAAACUAAAAUAAUACUGUCAGUUUACAGACUGAAGCAACGUUGAAUAUUAUAUAUUUCUGACUAAAAGCCUACGUUGAUAUUGUUAAUUGCUAGGAAUACACUCUUGUCAAGAAGUUGUGUUCCAGUGCACCCGCGAACACAGUAAGCAAAAGCGUUCCAAAGGUCGGUCUACCGAUGAUUAAAACUUGUCGAUGAUUUUAAAGCCAGGCUCCAGAGGAAAAGGGUUUGUUUAUAUCCUGACAAAAGCGGUGUUUGACAAAAAACUCGAGAACAGUUAUUAAGAUACAGAUUUUCGACUAUUUAAAAACUGGGUGGAAAGGGGCAUAACCGCCCUUUUGCCCAGUUUUUAAAUAUUCAAAAUAUUUUCCAUCAAACACCCAUUUGUGUCUUACAAAAAUAUUUACAACAUAUCACUUUUUUUUUCUUCCUCCGAGCGAUGGCUUUAAAGACGCACAAGAAAUAAGUCGUUGCAAAUAUUUAUGUCAUAAUUGAGCAAUAUGGGGGAACUUUACAUUAUUUAACUUUAAACAAUUACAAAAUUGUAAGAAUGUAAUGUACACAUUUAAAACUAUAGGUUGAUUAAAAUAUUCAUUGUUUAUAAUCGGUAACUUUAGUUAGUAGCAGUGAAUUUAUUAGGCCAUAUGUGCAUUAAUGUUGCACACCUGAAAUUGGAAUACAGUACUUACUAACAACAUGCGUGUUAAUAAAUCAACAUUGGAACACAUUUUAAUGUUAUGAUUCAAGGGUAGUGUUCACGGUUAUCACACGUGCAAUGGAACGCAACAUUAAAAAUAAUUCACUCAUCAUCUACACACAAUUUCUUAUAAUAACUAAUUUCUGAUUUUUUCAGACAAUAAAAUUGCCUUGUAUCUUGUAUAACAAAACACAGAUUUUCCCUCCAAUUAAAGACCACAUUUUUGACCAGAUUUUUCUCCAAUUAAAGACCACAUUUUGAACCAGAUUUUCCAUUGUCAUCAGCAACUUUUUGGAAAAAUAAUUAUGAGGCUAUAGAGAAAAAGAUAUUGUUAAUCCAAAGCCACAGCAAGGGACCUCUAAUUGGAGGUGGUGAAGGGGUCUUUAAAUAGAGGAAGAUCUGUAAUAAUGACAAUAAUUUUUCAUAUUUUUGUUAUUAUAUUCAAAGGUUCACUAUCUGUUCAAUAACCUUAUUCAGUCCUUGGUCAGUGAUGUAAUCUAU